AUGCAGUCUAAACAAACUCUUAACGAUUUUCCAAAAAUUAGUUUAAACCUUAAAAAUUCGGCAUUAAGUGCUGUUAAGGCGUUGCAUGUUGUCGCGUACGGGGAUAAAGGGUUGCCGCGACAAACAAGGAAGAACUUGCGGAAUUUCACAAAAUUUUCGUGGGAUAAAGAAUCCGAGGAAUAUUCCACAAAAAUAGAAGACGUGAAAAAUAAACUAAGUAUGCCGGACUUAGUAGCAGUUUGCAGUGUUUUAGAUCUGAACUACACUGGUUCAGAAGACGACGUGAUUGAACGUAUUUGUUCAUUUUUGAACGACUUCAAUCUUGAAGACGAGAAUGACGAUGAAGACGAAGACGCUAGCGAUGAUGACGGUGAUAAAGACAUUUAUCACAAGGAAAACGGUAAAGACGUUACCGAAGACGAUCGCUAUAAUGAAGAUAACGACGCAAAUAGUGAUAAAGACGCUUAUCACGAGGAAGAAGGUAAAGACGUUACCGACGACGAUAAUAAUGAUGACGAUAUGGAUGAUGAAAGGACGACGGAUUUAUUUACGAGGAAUAGAUCAAAAUCAAACAAAAUGACGAGAGGUAGAUUGAAUGAUUCAUUUGCCUUAACUUUAGAGACGUAG